UCAUAUUAUGACUGAAAGCCCUGUGUUGAGUGCUGCAGUGGAGGGGGGGAAAAAAAGACAUUAUCUCGAGCUACAAGGUUUUCAUCAGCCCACAGGAAGUGCUAAAGUACACGCUGAUGAGAGAAUUGUGUUUGUGGAAAUGGAGGUCAGGCAGUGCUGUGCAGGUGCUGUGAUUAUCUGUGCAGUUAUGCUGCCCAGCUCCUUAGCUGGAACAAAUACAAGUGAGUUAAGACACACCUUUUCAGGUUAAUAGCUCAUAAACAGAAUGUGGAAUGACUUUCCAAACAACUGUCAUAGUUGCUUUUUCCUACCAAAAUGUAGUCUACUGUGUCACAGCUGGUACAAAAAUAUUUGUGGCUGAGUGUGAUAUUUUGCAAUGUUUGAUUGAAUGUAAGGGAGGGUGUUUUAUCAUGUUUGGGCUGAUGGUUCUGGGCUCAUACUGCCUGCUGUCCACAACACACAUCUGUUUCUGGAAUGGUUUUUGUAUUGCUUUUUAUUGGUGUCCUUUUGUGGGGUUUCUGUUUUGAAGUACAGCAGUGUUUAGCUGGGUGAUCACAUUAGUUAGUUUUGAUGUCUGAGGCAGGGCUUCUUAUAAUGUUCUGUUUUGCUUCUUAUAUGCCAUUUGUAUGCCAUUUUAGAGCAGUUGUAUACAUGUCACUUCUCUCUACAACUGUUUUGUCAAUGCAGCUCUAAAGGCUGUUUCAUGGUUUCUCUCCUGGAGAAUCCAUCAAUAUCACUCCUCUGCACUGUCCUUGUUUUUGCACUGUUGUAAAAUUCUACUAAACUAAAUAUUAAGUGGAUAUGCUUUAGAUAUUUCCCUUGAAUUUUUACGAAAAUAAGUUUUCAUAAUGAGUGUAUGUAACAAGCCAUCUAAUUCCACUAGGUAAAGGGUCAAUUAUUUAUUUUUAAAGUAUCUGGACACUUAAAAGAUUUCUUGCUAACUAAAUGCUUACAUAUUGUAAUUUACAAGUUGAAAAUAUGUGGUCUUUUGCCCCCUUCAUGCUUUUUUUGAACCUAAACCUAAAAGCAUAUUUAUCUCAAUUUUAUUUAUUUAGGAAGGAUAUUAUGGUUAAUUUCAUUUUGUGAGACUUUGACAGGACAUAUGAAUUAGUGUGUGAUGUCACAGGAAUUACAAAAGUGAACAUUCAGAAAGGGUAAACACUUGUAAUUAAAUUAAAGUUCUUCCUGCAUUUUAUCAUUUUAAUGACUAGAUCCUAAACAGUAGAAAACCUCUGAUUUGAAAAAUUGAAGACUAUUUUUAAUGUUAUUUUAAUGGACAAAUAAUGCUGAGUUCUCAGAUGGUUUUCUGGCAAAAUUUACUCAAAGCCAAAUUUUAUGCACAUUUUUCCUUGCAGUGUAGAAAACAUGAAUGUGGAUUUUUCCCUCAUACCUUCAGAUUAAGGAAAAGUAUAGUCUGAAAACAUUAAGGUUUGUUUUAAAUAGAUGGAAAUAGUUUAAAAUUCCUCACAUCACUUCAUCAACUUUGCAUCUUGGCUGGUAUAUCUCUGCCAUUUAAAGCAUUAUUUUGCAGUGUUAAUGAUUUUUGUGGUCAGUGUCUAUUUAAAUAGAAACCUCUGCAAAGGCUCUGAAGGCGAUUAACAGCUUCCCUGGUUAGAACAAAACUUGCACAAUUUAAAUAAUCCACCUACAUGCAUUAGCUUGUCAAGCUGAGAAUAAACAAUAAUUUUGCCCCAAAGUCAGUGUUGCUAUUUCAGGUAUCUCCUGGUUAGUUGGAAAAAUGCAGAGGGAGGCUGUGCUGGCAGCGUGUGGGAGCUGGUAGGGAUGGUUAGGUCAUGAAUGUGCAAAAAAUGAGCCUGUGUAACAGCAACAUGUCUAACCAGCAUGUCUGGCCAUUAAUUAUGGGGAAGGAGGACAGGAGAUAAGAGCUGCUAACUCCAGGGCUCUGCCAGUCUUCUUUGGAGUGUGAGAGCAAGGUACUAUUUUACAUGGAUAAAACAAAAUGGGCAGGCUAAGAGUCUUUUUGAGAAUAUUGGGUUGCCUUAUGUUUCAGGUAUACUUCUGUGCUGUGUGUUAUUCAGAUUGUUUGAUCAGUAAUUUUAAGUUUCAUUUAUUUAAUAAAAAAAAUCAGUAAUGGCCAAAAGAGCUAUUCUUAUUCCUUUUAUUAUGCAUUUGUGAAGUGUAUCCACUGUAAGAUUGUAUCACACAGUGUUAAUGUGCCCGAAGAGUUUAAUUUUAGAGACUGUCUCCUCACUGGAGUUGUGUGGGAUUUUUCACAUGUGGUAAUUAUCAUAGAAGUUUAAUCUCUUUAUUGGUCUUCUGAUGUAUGCUGAAGCUAUGGCUUGAAUGUGUGUUCGUGGCUUGUAUAUUUAGGGCAGUGAAUGAGUGCUGCUUUCAGUGGUUUCACAUUCAGCAUUUAACAAAUGUGGGCAUGGGCAAAUAUGAUCCAGUACCAAGGAGGUUGUUGUGGACCAAGCAACCUUGAACUCGGAGGGUUUCCUUAACUGACAGAAGUGCAAAGAGUCUCUUGUUACCCAGGGUUAUUAUGAAUGACUACUGUGAACUGAUAGCUUUUUGUUAUUUAAUGUCAUUUUAUGUUAUUUGCUAACUGAAAAAUGUCUAGGUAGCAAACUAUUCGGUUAUCCAUACUAGAAAAUUUGGGAAUAAACAUUGCUCUCCGUCUCAGAGGAGUGUGCCUGGUAGGAAAUGAGCUUUCAGAGUCUGUAACAGCAUGCAUUUCCUAGAUUCCUUCCUUCAGUGCUCACGGUUCACCAAAUAGGUUGCUGUCAACUUCUUUCCAAAAAUCAUUUGGUGCAUGGCUCUGCCAACUAUAACAUAGAGGCUGAAUUCCCCAAGAAAUAGCAAUUCAAUUUCCUUUUACGGACUUUUCUCUGGUGUUUGUUGCUCUAGUUGUUUUCUUGAUGGAGACUAAGGGAUUAUCUUAAAUCCCUGUGGAGGAGGGUGCUAUUCUCCCUAUUUUAGAGAUUGAAGAACUAGGUCCAAGUCAUCACUUUGAGACUCUACCUUUAAAAAUCUAAGGCCUAACUUCUGUUAAUAAAAUGCAGUCAUGUCCACUGAUUGCAAUUAGAAGACCUCACAGCAUUGAAUAGCAGUCAUUAAUUAUGGCUUGAUGCAUUUCUUCCCUGCACUCAGGGUUUGGAAUUCUUUGAUGUCACUUGAAUGUGUAAACCAAAGCAUUCUUUUUUCCUGUAUUUACUUUCAUAUUAAUUUGUGGACUUUGCAGUGUCAGUAGCUGUGAUUCUUAACAGCUUUUGUUACAUGAUUUCACAAUAUUGCUAAAGAAGUUAUGUCACUUUUUUCUAUGUCAACAGUAAACAGAUUGCAAGCCUGAAGAAACUGGAAACUCUUAUAGACAAAGUUCUUUGGACAAAAUAGAAAAGAAAGUCAUGUCUAAAUUACUUUAUUUAACCAGAGAAUAUGAGAUUGAGCAUAUUCAUGGCAGGUAGACUUGGUAGCAAACCGCAGUAGUUCACACUUAAAGCAUAGAUUGUAUUUAUUUCUAUACAAGGAAGUCUUGUUUCCUUCCUAUUCUGUGUGGAACAAAACCUGAGACUUCAGUGGAUAAUAAGGAAAAAAAUUAUAGCUGAAAAUUCUUAGGAACAGCUAAUUGAGGUUGAGUCAUGUCUAUACAUCAGUAAUUCACUCGUCUUAGUCAUGAAACUUGGAAUCUUGACGAGUCAGAUCCAUGGUGACAAAUGGUGUCAUUCCAAAAAUAAGUUUAAAAGGUAAUGUGACCAGGUGCUUCUCUCUUCCAGAGGCUGAUAGACUGUCUCUGUCUCAUCUUGCAUCUUGGAGUCCUUGGAGACAAUGCAUGAUUCUGAAGGUGUUUAAGCUCUGAAUACUUACAAGCUCUUCAUACAUAGCAAUGUCUGGCUCAUAUGAUGAUUCCGUUGGAGUAGAAGUUUCUAGUGAUAGCUUCUGGGAGGUUGGGAAUUACAAGAGGACAGUAAAACGAAUUGAUGAUGGCCACAGACUUUGCAAUGAUCUUAUGAAUUGUAUUCAUGAACGGGCACGGAUAGAGAAGGGCUAUGCUCAGCAGCUCACUGAAUGGGCUAAAAGGUGGAAGCAACUUGUGGAGAAAGGCCCACAGUAUGGAACAGUAGAAAGGGCUUGGUGUGCUUUUAUGUCAGAAGCUGAAAAAGUGAGUGAACUACAUCUAGAAGUAAAAGGUUCACUGAUGAAUGAAGAUUUUGAAAAAAUCAAGAACUGGCAGAAGGAAGCCUUUCAUAAGCAAAUGAUGGGAGGAUUUAAGGAAACCAAAGAAGCAGAAGAUGGAUUUAGGAAAGCUCAGAAACCCUGGGCAAAAAAGCUGAAAGAGGUACAGCAGUAGAUUAUGUUUAGAUAUCCUGUGUUAUAAUAUACUAAUGUUUCAAAUCUCUAUAAGGGAGUAAACUCCCUACUCUUUCUGCUGGACCCUCC